CCUCCCUCCCUCCUUUUGCUUACAAGGAUACAGGGGCUUGCAUGGCGACACGGAGAGGAGGUCAUGAUGGAGAGAUGCAGAGAGAAAGGGGGAGAGAGGAGGAAGGCACAAGACUGGGAGAACUGAGAGGAGCAUCUGAGAGGAUAACUGCCUGUUUGCUCACUCUUGUCUUCUUGCUCCCCCUCCUGUCCUUUCACUUCCACUCACAGCACAAACGCUCAGACAACUAGGUAGGCACAGCGGAGCUCAGAGCUGUGAGGGAUGGAUAAAAAGGUUCCCACGUGAAAGGCAUGAAUGCACGGGAGAAGAGGAGGGUGAGAUAGAAGAAGACACAACCAGAGAGGAGAGGGCGGCGAGGAGGAGAGGAAAAAAGGCAGAGGAGCAGAUGGACUCUACACAGAGGAAAGGAAACGGUGUGAGGCUCACCGAGCAGCAGUGACAGAGAGGUGGGAAUAAAAGCAAACAUGAACGUCAGAGGGAUGGAAGAGCGGGAGGAAGCAACGUGAAGGAAUAGCAGAGACGAGGAGCGAGCGCUUGUGGGAGAAAGAGACAACACAGAGGGAAACAGGAAGAGAGAGAUGUGGAGUUCACACAAUCUUCGGCUAUGAAAGAAUGAGUCACUGAUAGAAGAGCCGAGAAAAGAAGGAAACAGAAAGUGAUAAAAUCAAAAGGGAAGUAAGGUGAGACACCAAAAAAAGUUCAAAAAGACAGGCCAUUAUGGGGAGGCACGCAAGCCCAUCCCGGACUUUGACCAUCCAAUCUCCCGAAGGCCCAGGGGACGGAGCAGGUGGAGAAGGAGGCGCUGCCAAGUAGAUGAGCCAAGGUGAUGGACACACAUAGGAUGGACAAGCUGCAUUCCCAUCCUCUCGACUUAUUUGCAGGUGACCUCUCUGGCCUUGUCAAGAGUUGAUCUCCCUGGAAAGUUUAAGGAAAAUGGGACUGAGGAGCAAAAGUGCACAAAUUAAGAUGACAUGAGACAGUAUGGACCUUCUGAUUUUAAAGAAUAUUUGAUGCUGCAUAUAUUUAUUUUUGUACAAAUAUAAGAGUUGAGACCCAUAAGGUUCUUUGGGUUAGCAUUUGUCACAGUGAUCUAUACUCAGUUUUUACUUUCUGUGCUGGAUAAUAAUACACCUCGAACUGUGAAUAUGUUAAUCCAUCUUUUCUUGGGGACAGUCUUGGUUACAAAUGAAGUCCUUGGUGUACAGAUAAGCUGAGCAGCUAUACACAGUCCUAUAAAGAGACAUUUAGUUGCCCAGUCUGUUCUGUGAUGAAACUGGGACUCAUUCAGUCAUAUACAUCUCUCACUGUUAUAAUGAAUAUAUAGUAAUGGAGAGAUCUUUUUACUUGUUGACGUACUAACACAACAAAGCUUCACAAUAUCAAACUGCCUGCAGAGCCUGUGGAUGUUGGGGGAGCGAGAGAGGCUGGAGAAAUGGUGAGCAAAGAGCCCAACCACUUGCUCACAGGCCAAACCAAUGGCAAGAGCACCUUGGCAGACAAGUUGCCAGGAACAAUGACUGUGCGCUCUGUGCUGCUCAAUCGAGACUCCCCAGAUAUUGAGAGUCGCCUUAAGCGGCGCCGCAACCGCACCCACCAGGUCCGCUUUAAAGACCUGGAGGAUGGCAGCAGCAGCAGCGGCAACAGUGGAACAGGAGAAAACAAUAGCCAUCAGAAGCCCAUCACAGACUGUGACAGCCCACAUACGCUUCGCAAGCACAGCAGCAAGUCCCCCCAGCCAUGGACUAACAGGGAUAGGCCACAGACCGACAGUCUUCCUGGCCAAACCUCGGUGGUGGGGGCUGUGCGUGGGGACAUGGCAAGUACUAUAGAGGUGGUGGCUGCGUUUUUAGCCAGAGCCCCUCCUCAUCCACUGACACCUGGUCCUACACGAAGAUGCUGGGCACCACCACAGACUAACUCCCUAACCUUGCCAAUGACACGUAAGUCCAGUACGAGCACCAGCACAGCCAUCCAGACCUCCCCAUGCUUGAAAAAGCCCCAGUCUCUCUCUUCCACCCACACACGUAGCCACAGCCUUGGGGACUCAGUUGGCGUAGAUGGGGAUGACGAACAUGACUCUCAAGACGAGUACCUUACACACAACCACGUGUUGUUGCCUGCAUCAAAAGACCAGAAUGGACCUACUGGCCCUGGAGAUCGAACUGUGGUGGAAAGAAGGUCUAAAGUGUCCAGGACAGACGUCAAAUCAGCUGUUAGUGUGUUAAAAUCCUCGAGGCACAGUUGCCCCCCUUCAGUCCUUCACAACACUGAGCCAUGCCACUGUUCCUCUGUAUCCUGUCGAGAUGGCCCUAAGCGUCAGGGAAGCAGCACCCCCUCGGUGGUCAGGAGGAGAAAGCGGCUAAACAGGACAACAAGUGAUCCUGGAAAGGAAGUACACUACUGCACCACUCCCACACAGACCGAGAGCCGCUGUCCAUCUUCAUCACCCUUAAAUACCAAACUCUGCACCACUCAAGUUCAAACCGAGACCCCUUCUCCACCUCUAAAUUCAAAGUACUGCACCACCCAAAGCCAAACUGAGAAUCAGCAUCAGUCUCCACCUUUAAGUGACGAAAAAUGCACAACUCAAAUUCAAACCACUAGUUCUCGUCUACCCCUACCUCCAAAUGCUGAACAGUGCACCACUCAAAUACAAACAGAUGCUCCCUGCCCCAUGUCUCACAAACCUUGCACUACGCAGACACAAACUUGCAGACCCGCUUCGCCACCUCUGAUGGUAUCAUCCAGCUCAGAGCAAACUCAAUCUGAGAGUCCUGUAUCCCCAGAUGCAAGUCAAGACCCACCCACCACCCAAACAACUACUGUGCCUUACUGUACCUCUCCCCUACCUACAGGUACACCAAUACAAUCUCCUGAACACAGUGCUACACCACCUUGCUCCUCCCCAACCAAGCCAGUCUGCAUCACUCCACCUCCUCCCAAAGCAUUCCCCAUUCCUUGCUCCACUUCUGAACCUACUGUUGUCCAACAUCCUAUCCCAUAUUACACUGUUGUGUCUCCACCAACAACCCCUAGCACAGCUGUGGUCUCUUCCAGUCCUCCCUCCACUGUACCAUCGUGCCCCACCCAAAACUGCACCUCCCCAAUUUCAAACCUGGUAUCAUCCCCUCCCUUAACCUGUUCCACCCCAACCCCAACUAUCACCCCCAUUGUACCUCCUUUAGAACCUGCCAAACAUCCAUCCACUGCCCCAAAUGUAACACAUCAACCACCAUCAGGUGCAUCAAAUGCCACACCAUCUGCCAGUGUAACACCCUGUACAAUAGUAACUCAAACUGCCCUGUCUUGCACCUCUAUAUCAUAUUACACAACCACACAUCCAGCUGGCCACCAUCCACCUCGAUUGAAUCCGACUGCACCUUCUUAUGCCACUGUCAUACAAACUGUAUCUCAUUGCAACAUCCCAUGUCAAGCUCUGCAAAAUACCUCUUCUGCCAACACAGGUUUAACGCCCUUUUCCUCCCCAGUCCCAAAACUAAAGUCUUGCACUUCUCCACCUCCACUUGUGAAAACCUAUACAUCCACUCUUCCAAAUGCUCAAAUUUGUGCAACACCAACUAAAGUCGUUCCUCUGUAUUCUUCCACAUUUCGUGCUGCGCCGCCAUACACUCCCCCCUCUCAGGCCCCCUACAGCGCUCAGGAUAAGAGGGGCAUUCGACUUCCACCUCCUCCCCCACCUCCUCCACCCUACACACCACGAAAAAAGGGAAAUGAUCCGCCAGGUCCUGCAAUCCGAACUCCCAUGCUCAGGGCAGACAGCAAGGCCAGUGAGAAAGAUAAAGAGAAGGAGAAGGAGAAAAAGGAAGAUACAAAAUGUACAGACUCACCCAAGCUCUGUGAGAGAGCCAGCUCUCUGAAGCACAGAGCUCAGACCCCGCCAGUCGCUGUGAUGAAGGGAGAGAAACAGUCUUCCUCCUCCUCUCCUGCCAAGGCCUGUUUUAAGCCCAGCUGUCUUAGCUCAGCCCAGGCUCAGCUUGGGGUACUACACAAAAUGCUCUGCUCAGGAGCCAACGCCAGGCCCAACACUCCCAACAGCCAACACGCUCUCCCGUCGAACCAGCAGGGUUGCUCUGGAGCCAGAGGCUGCUCUGCUUCUGGGGAGCGGCCUACAGCUGGGCCCCUGACCGCCACCCAGGCUGACACUCUAAGACAGGUCCAGGAAAUUCUGGGAGGGUUGGUGUCUGGGGCCAGGUGUAAACUGGAUCCCUCUAGGGUGACAGAAAAACUCCUGAGUCCCAACGGACCCCUGCAUGAUAUUCGUAGCCUGCAGAACCAGCUCCACAGCCUGGAAGGGGUCCUGGAGACCAGCCAGAACACCAUCAAGGUCCUGCUGGAUGUCAUUCAAGACCUUGAGAAGAAGGAAGCUGAGCGAGACGGAAGACAUUCCUACAGAACCGGACAGGACAUUGAGAACUGUGGGACCUGCAGGGACUGUGCCUGCAUCAUCUACAGUGUAGAGCAUGACUUCCGUCUGCAGGAAGGGCAGGUGGUUCGCACAUGGAAAGUGGGCGACCCUCCAGAAGGCUCGCCACAGACCCCGACUCCACAGCCCUCCACACCUCACCAACAAGACUCCCCUCAGCCAGUGCGACCCCCUGCCACCACCAAGAAGAACAGGAAGAAAUGCUUCUGGUUCCUCUGAGCAUUAGAGGACGGAGCAAGAGACAGUUUGAUACUGUAAUGCACUGCAUAACCCUUCUUUUAAAAAAAUGACAAAAUAUUAACUAUGGAGGUCUGUUUUAAAAAGAAAAACAAAUGCGAAAUGAACUGGGGGAUUAAAAUGCAGGGGUGGAAUUGUGGGAGGAGAAAUUGCUACUGAGGUUAGAAUUUUAGCAGCUUCUGUCGGAGUUGAUGAAAAUGGUUUGACUGGGUCGCACAUAUUGUUACUGCUCUUAAAAUACCUCUUCAGCACUCACAAGUUUGAUACUGGAGUAGGGACGCAAAAGUGCUGAAGUCAAAUAAAAACAAAAGUUCACUCCACAAUAUGACUCACAGCUAAGAAGCAAUUAGAAGAUAUAAAGAGAAUAUAUAGCGGUCAAGAGGCACAGUACAAGAGGCAAUACAGCAGAGAGGAUAGAGCAUAUUUAUUGAAAGGCCACAUUUAUUAAAGAGUUUAUGUGAAGAGACAAAAAAGAAGGAUCCAUCUUCAUUAAUGGACUAAUGAGGGUCAGAACACCAGCUUUUCUAUCCAGAGACAUUAAAAAAAAGAAUUAUUAUGACCUGUAUUUAAAACUUUUAAUAUUCUGUAAUUGAUGAGAAACUACUACAUGCUCACACAAACACACACAAACAAAUAAAUGGACAUAUUUACACACAAAAAAAGCAUAUAUAAAUGGAGAAAAUGGCGAGUCAAGUUCUGUACAUAUCAGAGCUAUUCUGCUUGGAUGCUAUAUUUCAGAUAUGGAUUACUGCUCUAUAAAAGUAUUUUACCACA